CUGGCCAGAGACAAGCAGAUAAAGAUUGAAGACGAUAUAUAUUACUCCCUCCGCCGAAACAGUAGACAUGACAUUGAACAGUUUUCAAGUUUAUAUUCCCCUUACGAAUUCAUUUUACUCCUAAUUCAUUUUCGCUAUGGUUACUGUCGCCAUUGCCGGCGGCACUACAGGUAUCGGCUCCAAUGUCGUCCGCGAGAUUUUGGCCACCAAAAAGCAUCGUGUGGUGGUGCUGUCUCGGUCAGAACGACCAGCUCUGGAGGAAAAAGGGGUGUCAGUGAGCUUGGUGGAUUAUAGCUCUGCCCAGAGUCUCGAAACUGCUCUCCAAGGAGUACAUACCGUGAUCAGCUGCAUCUGGUCAUAUGGUCCAGACUUCGGAACUUCGCAGCUUGCUCUAUUGAAAGCCGCUGAAGAUGCUGGCGUCAAACGCUUUGUACCUUCGGAUUGGGGGACAGACCAUUAUGGCUCUGUCAAUGCCUAUGCAGCGAAGACCACGGUUUGGAAUGCUGUUAAAGCAUCUGGGUUGGAGUACACGCGCUUCAUCAAUGGUAUUUGGAUGAAUCUUUGGGGCCUGGGAACAUCCCGCAAUGAAGCCGAAGCACUCUCUGGUUAUGCUGGACCCCCUUUUCUAAUCGACAUGAAGAAGCGCACAGCUUUGAUUCCCGGGGACGGCUCCCAGAAAGUAGUUUUCACAAACAUGAGAGACGUAGGCAAAUUUGUGGCAGCAAGCCUGGACCUCCAACAUUGGGAUCCAGAUAGCCGGAUCGUCGGCGACGAGAAGAGUUAUGCGGAGGUUGUCGAUCUGGCAGAGAGUAUCACUGCAGCGAGCUUUGAGAAAACACACUACCCUGAAAGCCAGAUCAAGACUGUGCUGGCUGGAAAUCCCGACCCAGAACAACUCUUCUUCCACCAGUUCAUGCAGCUUAUCGUCGACGGGGGGCUUGAGUUUAAGGCUAACGUCAAUUCUAAGUUCCCUGAUAUCAAACCUGUUAGUGUGGAAGAAUACCUCACGAAGUACUGGAAGGGAGUGUAGACGCAUUUGAGAACCAUUGGGCGGCGGGUGAGGUGGAGGUACAGUACACUAGUUGAAGGAUUUUAAGAGCGUAUUAGCUGAGGGAUCAUGUACUUUUGAAACUAUUAAGGCUAUUAUAUCCUUUUCAUAUUUUCAUUUAAGGGGAGGUUCAGUACGCAGGUCGUGGCCAGUAUCAAUCAAGAUGAUACCCCAGUUAAAUUGACUAGGGAACAACUAAGGAGACAAC